AUGCCCCGUAACAUCGUUCGCGAGCAACUCAACCAUCUUUGGGAUGCCAUCGUUUUGAAGAACGAGAUCCCUAUCUCUCGCGAAAACGAGAUAGCGGCGAAUGACCUCAUCCCUCAUAAUAUCAUCUGUAUCAGCUGGGACUUUGAGACUCUUGAUCAGGAGGAAGAUAACCUCCGACAGACCCCUCCAAUCCUUUUUUACCCUUUGCCGGCCCAGGUACUGGCCGAGAACCCCAUAGACCCCUCUCCCUAUGGCAGCCAGCAGGAGCAGGAACGCGCCUUGCAAUACUACGACUUCAACCCUCCUGCAGAUGAAGAAAAUCACCGCUUAGGUUCCUUCAGCCCCAUCUCGUGCGGUGUCAGGGUUUCUGGAUACGUGAAGUCUUGGGCGUUGGGAUUCCCGCGGCCAACAUUCGGAGUCGAGCGCGUUAUUAAUGGCCCUAGUUAUAUGCGCAAAGUGUCUCUCCCCAAUCCGCUCUUGCUAGGGCCAGGUUGGACAUGGUUCUACCCAAGCUAUCAUGACAGAUGGAGCGCUCGGCAUCUGAUGGAAUUUCCUCGAGAAGCCGGCCAUGGUGUCUAUCCCCAUGUGACUGCUUGUCUUGUCCAAGAUUUCAACGCCAGGGAUAAUAUUCUUCUCUAUUCAGAGCUGGCUGCAGUCAUAGCUGCCAUGCGCAACCGGGCCAAUCAACCUAAAGUUGAUCCCGACAAUGAGGACGCCCAGGAGGCUCUCCUCACAAAGUCAGAGAAGUAUAUUCAUGAGCUUCGGCGUGAAUUCCCAAUGGAGAAGAGAUUCCCAGUGUUAAUACUCUCUUUUGUGGGCCCGCAACAUGCCCGAUUUUUGUAUGCCUGUAUGGAUAGACGGCAGUUGGUGAUCCGGCAGUCCCAACUGUACAGCUUCGUGACAAAAUCCGAUGCAGCUUUAGAUCUCUUUGCGCGAUUCUUGUUGAGUCGGCCUCUCAGUGAGCAGUAG